AACUAUAGUAGUUAUACCCUUGUGUAAUAUAACAUUUUGUUUCGGACAAUGGCAAAACCGGUGCCACCGAGGAUAUCUAGCAUUCGAGGAUUGAUUAGUUAUGACCACUGAAGAUUGAACUUGUCAGACCAGUGCAGUCGAUCCAGAAAUAACGAUUGAUAGUUUGCAGGGUGACGGAAGUUGCCUGCAUCCUUAUCAGCAAACUUAUGGGAGAGAGUAGGAUUUGGGGAUACUGGUCUCCGUAGUAAAACAGUCCUACACCAGCUGUUAUGUGCUCCAUCUCUGUGUCAGCAUCCCCUUGUUGUGGUGGUGAUGCUGCUGCCAUGGCAACUCACGGGUCUGAGCAGGCUCUUCUGGCCUCAGAACACUACGCCAGACUCAUCCUGUCCCAGAUGAACAAGAUGCGGCUCCGCGCUGACUUUUGUGAUGUGGGGCUGAAGGUUGGCAGUCGGGUCUUCAGGGUCCACCGGCUGGUGCUCGCUGCCAGCAGCCCAUACUUUUCUGCUCUCUUUUCUGGGGGGAUGAGAGAAGCAGAUAAAGAGGAGGUGCAGAUCCUUGGAGUGGAGACUGAAGUCUUUCAGAUUUUGCUGGACUUCAUAUACACAGGAGUGAUCGGUGUAACAGUGGACAAUGUUCAGGAGUUGAUGGUGGCAGCAGAUAUGUUGCAGCUGAAUGAAGUGGUGUCUAUCUGUGGAGAGUUUCUCAAGGGUCACAUGGACCCAUCUAAUUGUGUGGGUAUCUUUCAAUUUUUGGAGGGGAUUGCCUACAUGGACAUGCUGGAAUUCACAGAGAAUUACAUACAUGUUCACUUCCUGGAGGUGUGUGCCACUGACGAGUUCAGGGGCCUGUCAAAGGAUCAGUUGGUGAGGCUGCUACGAAGUGAAGAGCUGAGAAUUGAGGAUGAGUACCAGGUAUUUACUGCUGCCAUGGACUGGGUUCUCCAAGAUGUGGCAAAGAGGAAAAAACAUGUUGUAGAGGUACUGGAACCAGUCCGCUUCCCUCUGCUUUCCCCACAAAGACUUUUCAAGUACAUAGAGGGUAUUACAGACUUCAGCCUGCGGGUGGCACUGCAGACUCUUCUGAAGGAAUACACUGAAGUCACAAAGUCUCCCAAAGAAAAUAAGAUGUACAGUCAGCUACAACCAUCCAAGAUGAGACCCAGAAGAAAAGCCAGGAAAUACCUCUAUGCCAUAGGAGGCUACACUCGGCUGCAGGGUGGCCGCUGGAGUGACAGCCGGGCAUUAAGCUGUGUGGAACGCUUCGAUACCUUCAACCAGUACUGGACCACUGUGUCGUCCUUGCACCAGGCUCGGAGCGGGUUAGGGGUUGCCGUCCUGGAGGGCAUGAUCUAUGUGGUGGGAGGAGAGAAAGACUCAAUGAUCUUUGACUGCACAGAGAGAUACGACCCAGUGACCAAGCAGUGGGCCGCUGUGGCAUCUCUGAACUUUCCUCGCUGUGGAGUUGGCAUCUGCCCCUGCCAUGGAGCGCUCUACGCACUUGGUGGUUGGGUAGGCUCUGAGAUUGGGAAAACAAUGGAGCGAUAUGACCCAGAGGAGAACAAGUGGGAGGUCAUCGGCAGCAUGGCAGUUCCCCGCUAUUGUUUUGGCUGCUGUGAGCUGCAAGGGUUCAUUUAUGUGAUUGGGGGUAUCAAUGAUGAAGGAAUGGAGCUACGUUCAGCUGAGGUGUACGACCCCAUCUCCCGCCGGUGGAGUGCCCUGCCCGUUAUGGUCACACGUCGAGCUUAUGUGGGCGUUGCCUGCCUCAAUAACUGCAUUUAUGCAGUGGGUGGCUGGAAUGAGGCACUGGGUGCACUGGAGACAGUGGAGAAGUACUGUCCUGAAGAGGAAAAAUGGGUGGAAGUGGCUCCAAUGUCCACUGCUCGUGCAGGUGUGUCAGUGUCAGCAGUUAACGGGCUGCUGUACGCUGUCGGGGGCAGGGCCACCAGCAGAGACUUCUCUGCCCCGGUGACAGUGGACUCUGUGGAAAUCUAUGACCCUCAUCUGGAUACCUGGACUGAGGUGGGCAAUAUGAUCACCAGCCGCUGCGAUGGAGGCCUGGCUGUGCUCUGAUAUACACGGAUAUCUCUGAACUUCCAUAUCAGCACUUCAGUCAUCCAAAAACUGCAGAAACUGAUAAACUGCACCUUAAGAAACACAAAAGUGUGUUUUUGUCUCUAGUAGGUUUUGACAUUGAUCAUAUAUAUCAUUUAAUCUACUGUAUCAUUUCUCAUUUAAUGGGGUUAGACAUGCUUUUCUUUUUUAUUUGUCCAGACCUUUUAACAUUAUUUUGGCAAAAUAUUAGUAUGACAUCGGAUCUUCAACUGCCCAGACUACUUCCACUUACACUCCUACAUCUGUUGCAUCUCAUCUGCUGCUCUGUUUCAAUUCAUUAAAUGAUUUCAAAGGAAUACCAGAAUGGAAACACUUAUUUUCCAUUCCUGCGUAUUUGAAGA